GUUUAGAGUUGCCAGAGAAGCCACCAAGUGUGACCAACAACUGAGAAGAGAACAAGAAUGACGGUUUACUAAUCCUGUAAGUAUGGCCGAUGCUUCCCCAAAUCUGAGUUGUACAGAAACAAACAAGUCGGAACCAGGGGGUGAUAUAGAGGCAGACUUGCAGAAAAUCCUCAAUGGCCAACAUGUUCCCGUGAAUCACAUUGCUGUGGGAUUAGACAGAAUAGGUAAUUUUGUCCCUAAAACCAAAAAGACUGUGUACUACAUUGUGGGUGCCAUCCUCAUCAAUGAUGCUGGUCAGAUUCUGAUGAUCCAGGAAGCCAAGUAUUCCUGUUACGGACAAUGGUACCUGCCCUGUGGACGUGUGGAGAGGGAGGAGAGCUUUGUGGAGGCUUGCAAGAGGGAGGUGGAGGAGGAAGCAGGUUUAACCUUUGAACCCACAACCUUACUUUGUGUAGAAUAUGGCUCAGGGUAUUACUAUAGGCUGACAUUCACAGGGCAUGUAACAGGUGGGAAACUGAAAACCCUGGAGCACAAAGAUAAGGAGUCGCUACAGGCAGAGUGGAUAGACCCUGUACACAUACAGAACAAGUUACUUCCCAUCAGAGCCAAGGACAUUCUUCCAUUGAUCAAACUUGGGUACAAACACUGGGAGAGAACUGUGGAACAGCGCUUCAGACCCUGCCUACCUCUGUUGUACAAACAUAAACAUAUUAUCAACAGGCCCCUCAUUGUGCAGAAAAUGUCAGAUAGUGAGAUCUAUGUAUUGGUGAACUCUGAAGGUGGAUCACACUUCCCCUGUGGUGUAGAUUUCAGUAGGACCCCAUCAGCUCUUCUGACAGCUUACUUUAUACUUAAGGAGGCUAUAGGAAACACAAAGGGGUUCAAACCCCGGAUCUGUGGCCUGGUCAACCUGGAAUACGGUGGACAACCAGGUAGUAAAGAGGACGGAAUUUGUUUCUCCAUUCUAGUUUCUCUCGAUGCACCAAAACUUCCUGAACUGGAAAACUCAGUGUAUAAGUGGAUAAAAGUCCAGGACUCAGCUCUGAUUCAGAACAUUGUCUUACUGUUUGAGGAUGGGAAAAGUGUGCCCUUCAUUGACUUAAGUGCUGGGAGAUCCUAGGUGCUUAAACUGCCCCUAAAACUUAGCCCAAAACCAAAAUGAUAUUGUAUGUGUUUAUCUACCGUAUACGUGUACAAUUUUGUUUUUUAUCAUAAGUGCUUGUACUCUAUGUUUACAUGUACUGGUAAUUUUUAAAGUGAUUUAAAAAAGAGCUUUUUUUAAAGUUAUGUCAAAAUGCAUGUAUUUUGUUGUUGUUUUUUUUAUAUUUUGGUUUGUUUUAUUUUUUGUUUUUGAUUUUACUUUUUUGUUGGUUGUUUUUAUUUUAUUUUUGUUAUUGCAUAGCUGAUAUUAGUGUUGUCUUAUUAGCAAGAAAUGUCUUCCGCCUUGUUAUAUCCAUUAGACACUGACAGGGAUUUUGCUUUUUUUUUUUUUUUUUUUGAAUAAGAACUUGUACAUUUACAUUAAUUUUCAAAUUACGCUUUGUUCCUUUCAUCGGAGAUGAAAAAGGCAUAAUUAAAGGUGGGUUUCCAAUUUAUUGGUGUAUAUUCAUUUUCAUAGAGCUAUUAGAUAAUUAUAAAAAUGCUUGAUAUAUUUGAUCUCAUAUUUUGUAAUAAAUAAUGAUAUUCUCAUGCAUAUUAAAUAGUCUAUAAAUGUACUGGAACUCCUAUUUUAUUGACAGACCAUUUAAGUACAUGUCCAACAAUUUUAAAAUCAAACACAAAAUAUAUAACAAAUAUUUGAUUUUAAUGUAUAAACAAGGAUAUUCUUCUUUCAUGUGUAUUUUUUACAUUUUAAGAUAGAUAUUUAAAUGAGCAUACUCGUCUCAAUUAAAAAAAAUACCAAAAGUUUUAACCCCUCCCUCUACCCCAAUUUGUCAUUUUUACUGUAAUAUUGUGUCUGUAAGUUAAUACAACUUUUUGUGAAUUUUUUAAUAUUAAUCUCAGAAAUGAGAAAAAAAUUUUUUCAAUAACCAAAGCUAUGUCCGACCACCUUUAAAAACAAAACAAAACAAAACAUUUAAAGGAUAAAGCUUGUGCUCUCUUUCUUCAUACCAUUAUUUAUGAUCUUGCCAAGGAACAAAAGUGCAAUGUUGUAAAUUCAUAUUAUGUAAUGUUAUAUUUCAAUCAGACCUUCUGCUAAUGUCAUCUCCAGCAUCUUACUUCAUAAGAAAAAAAAUAUUCAACUUGAUUCUAUCCUUUCUAGAGAACUAAAUGUAAUGUCAUCAUGUUUACAAUACUUCUGAAUUCUUUAUUACUAUAGUAACUAACAAUCAAAGAUGAGACAUAUUGUAAAAGAUACAUGUACUACUCUGUGGCCUAGAAAGGGGCUAUAGCUUUGUAUCAACAGAAUUUGUGUUAUUUUUGGCUGUGAUUGUUGUUAGACAUCAUCUAUAUUGAUAUAAAUAAAUUUGAAAAGAAAACAAAA